AAUGAUACGUUAUUUAUGUGAAAGCAAUAGAAAAGCAUUGAAAAUGUGCUCAAAAAGUGUCAAACAAUGCAUUGAAAAGCAAUGUAUUUGUUAUACAUUUGAAACAAUAAUUGUUUGUUUGUUUUUGCCGGCAAUUGUCUCGCAAUCAAUUGAUCCGACUCUUGUCCGCCACAAACACAAUGUCUGUACCGCAGCGCAACUCGUCGACCACCGGUUGGCCAAAAGGUCAAACACCGACACAGUAUUCGGGAAAGUAUUUGACGUCAAACAGCAUUCUGUCGGUAACCGUCAACCGUACCAUCAAUUUGUAUCCGUUGACAAACUACACGUUCGGUACUAAGGAUGCCCUCUUCGAGAAGGACCCAUCAGUUCCGGCAAGAUUUCAGCGAAUGAGAGAUGAGUUUGAAAAGAUUGGCCAAAGAAGAAGUGUUGAGGGCGUCCUCUUAGUCCACGAACACAAACUGCCACACGUUCUGCUUCUUCAGUUGGGCACGACUUUCUUCAAACUUCCCGGCGGUGAACUCAAUGCCGGAGAAGACGAAUUGGAUGGACUUAAGAGACUAUUGAGCGAAACUUUGGGUCGUCAGGACGGUGUGGCACAGGAAUGGGACAUUGAAGACACAGUUGGCAACUGGUGGCGACCCAACUUUGAACCGCCACAAUACCCGUAUAUACCGCCGCAUAUAACUAAACCUAAAGAACAUAAACGACUAUUUCUGGUUCAGUUACCAGAGAAGGCACUGUUUGCGGUGCCCAAGAACUACAAACUGGUGGCCGCACCACUCUUUGAGCUCUACGAUAACGCUCAGGGAUACGGACCAAUCAUUUCGAGUUUACCACAAACUCUCAGUCGUUUUAAUUUCAUUUAUAUGUGAUGUGAUUGAUUGGCAACCAAUAACAAUAACAUUUCAAUCAUCAAUCAUUAGCCAUUAAUUUUACAUUUAAUAAAUUUAAUUGAUUGUCAAUAAAUUGUACUUUUUUGUUCAAAUGAUAUUUAUUAAUUUGUAAUUUAUAUAAAUUGUAUAAUUUAAUAUAUUUUA